UCCGAGCCACGCACCUCCAUAUUCUACUAUAAAAACAAAGGCACCCACCCAUGCUCUCCAACAAGCUUGACGGACCGCGUCGAGGACGGUCUUUUGACUCCAUCAAUAAGAGUUACGAAGAGAAGCAGCUCAACAAUGAGUUGAACAAAGCCACUUUUCAUAAGACAGACGAGAACAAAGACAAGAUACGUUCCUCCAAGAGAGAACAUGCUGCAAUUGUCUUCUCGCUGAAGAAUGAAGUCGGAGGACUUGUGAAAGCAUUAAAAUUAUUUCAGGACAGCCAGGUGAAGCUUUUGCACAUUGAGUCACGUAAGUCCCGGCGGCGUAACUCAGAGCUGGAAGUACUGGUGGAUUGUGACAGCGACCGAGAAACUCUAAAAGAUAUCGUUCAUCUGCUCCGCAAACAAACAAGCAUCAUAGCCAUGGACUCACCUGACAAGUUCUGGACUCCAACAAACGAUUUUGCUGAGGUGCCUUGGUUCCCCAAGAAGAUCUCAGAUCUGGACAAGAGCGCCUGCCGUGUUCUGAUGUAUGGUUCAGAUUUGGACGCGGAUCAUCCAGGAUUCAAAGACAGCAUAUAUCGUAAGAGAAGGAAAUAUUUCGCUGAUCUUGCCAUGAGUCACAAACACGGAGAACCUAUACCACGUGUGGAGUUUACAGAGGAAGAGGUGAAGAAGACGGGUGUCGUUUUCCGGGAGUUGAAUAAGCUGUACCCUACUCAUGCCUGUCGAGAGCACCUAAACAACCUGCCUCUGCUCACCCAGUUCUGCGGCUACAGAGAGGACAACAUACCGCAGCUGGAGGACGUGUCCAAUUUCCUGAGAGAGCGAACAGGCUUCACCAUUCGCCCUGUUGCUGGGUACUUGUCACCGAGAGACUUUCUGGCUGGUCUGGCCUUCAGAGUAUUUCACUGCACACAAUAUGUGCGUCACAGCUCAGAUCCUCUUUACACUCCUGAACCGGACACAUGUCAUGAGCUGCUGGGUCACGUUCCUCUGUUGGCCGAACCCAGUUUUGCUCAGUUCUCCCAGGAAUUAGGGCUAGCUUCCCUCGGGGCGUCUGAUGAUGCUGUGCAGAAGUUAGCAACAUGUUAUUUCUUCACGGUGGAGUUUGGCCUGUGUAAGCAGGAGGGUUCACUCAGAGCAUACGGCGCUGGGCUUCUCUCUUCUAUCAGUGAACUUAAGCACUCUCUCUCAGGCUCUGCUAAAAUCCUGCCCUUUGAGCCCAAUGUCACCUGCAAACAGGAGUGUCUCAUCACCACCUUUCAAGACGUUUACUUUGUUUCAGAGAGCUUUGAGGAGGCCAAAUUUAGAAUGCGUGAAUUUGCAAAGACAAUCCAGCGUCCAUUCUCCCUGCGCUACAACCCGUACACACAGAGUGUGUGUGUGCUGAAGGACAUGCCCAGCAUCAACGAUGUGGUCGAGGAGCUCAGACACGAGCUGGACAUUGUAGGAGAUGCUCUCUGUCGACUCAGUACACACCUAGGCGUCUGAAACCAUUAUGACUCUUGCUCAUAUUAAUAGCUUUUAUUCCUGCUAUCUCUUAUAUCAAAGCACGUUGCUCAACAUUCAACACUGCCAUAGUAUUAUCUCAUUAUCUGCCUUCUCUGACUGCAGAGGUGAAUUACUCUUAAUGUCUUUGGGAGCACCUUUCCUCUGCUCCUGAAAAUCUGCCAAAUACCACAAAGCACUUAAAUAUCUAAACACUGCUUUCAGGAGAGUCUUUAAGUGCCCUUUAAAUGCACCAACCAGCUCCUUCACUGCUAUUCAAACACCACAACACCAGAAACUACAGCCCUCGCAUCAUAUCAUGAUCACUUUAUUCAUACAAUCUAUAUACUCUUAAUCUCUGCUCCAACUUCAGUCUUUGUAAAUACACAGGAAACGUGGAAAUGGUUCAUCCUGUAGAGUUUAAGAUAUUUGAAGACAAAGCUUGAGUUUGAAAAGCACUGCUACAAAUGUCAUAUCUUGAAGCUGUCACACAUUUGUGUUAUAGUUGUUAAAUAAACACAGCCAAAACUAAAACUUAGACGACCAGUUAAAGGCUUUUGUUUCUUUCCCAACACCAAACCUACUGUAUCUUAUAGUAAAUGGACCCAUUCAUUUCUUACCCUGAGCUCAAUAAAUUAUUUAUUGGUGUUUGUGAUAUAAAAUGUAUAUUAUAACUAAAAUGUUUCACAUUUUACUUAUUAUCCUGAUGUGAAUCUGAA